AGAAAAUAAAAGAAAAAGGAAAGAAGUGAAGGUCGCCGCCGCUGCCAGGCUGCCACCGCGCGCUGUGCUGGCUGCGCAACGCUGGUCGAAAUAGCCGCCCGCCCGCCCGCACCCACGGGAAACUGCCGCUCGUUUGGCGUCUCCAGCAAUCAAUCAAGCAGCAGCAGCCCAAGGCCGGGGUCUCCCUCCGCCUCCGCGCGGCGGCGUCUCUUCCUUCCUUCCCCGCUCGCCGUCGCCGUCGCGGCCCGGCCCUCGGCGCCGCAGCGAUCGCCGCCGACAAUGUGGGGCUGGGGCAAACAGGAAAAGGCUCAUGACACCAAAUCGUCGCCCGGAAUGUGGGGCUGGGGCGAAGAGGAAGAUGAAGAGGAAGAGGCUCAUGACGAGCAUGCCACCCGGUCGUGGCCGAUAACGUGGGGCGAAGAGGAGGAGACUGAUGACGAGGAGGACACCCGAUCGCCGCCGACAUCGUGGGACGAAAAUACUGAUGAUGAGGACGUUCCUUCCGGGAGUUCCGAGGACGUUCCCUCCGGGAGUUCUGACGACGUUCCUUCCUGGAGUUCCGAGGAAGUUCCCUCCGGGAGCUCCGAGGAAGGGGAGCCCAUGUACAAUUACAGCACGGUGGAUGAGGUCAUUACUGCACUGAGAGAAGCUGGGCUUGAAUCAUCAAAUCUGAUUUUUGGCAUUGACUUCACCAAAAGCAACGAUUGGUCAGGUCAGCAUUCCUUCGGAGGAGAAUCUCUGCAUGCCAUUAGUCGCACCCCAAAUCCAUAUGAGCAAGCCAUUUCUAUUAUUGGGCGAACACUAUCACCUUUUGAUGAUGAUAACUUGAUACCAUGCUUUGGAUUUGGUGAUGUUUCUACAUGUGAUCAUUCCGUCUUCAGCUUUUACAAAGAUUACCGUCCUUGUUGUGGUUUUGAGGAGGUUCUUGACAGAUACAAACAAAUGAUUCCAUAUUUGGACCUUUCAGGACCAACUUCCUUUGCACCUCUUAUCUACGCGGCGAUUUCAGUUGUUGAAAACAGUAACUACCAACAUCAUGUCCUCGUCAUCAUAGCUGAUGGACAGGUAGCCACCUCAAAGUCUUACAGCAUCGUAAGUCCACAAGAAGAGGCAACUAUACAAGCACUUAUUGAUGCUAGCUUCUAUCCUCUUUCAAUUGUGAUGGUGGGAGUGGGCGAUGGACCAUGGAAGGAAAUGCAGCCUGCUGAUGAAUGUAUUCCUGCCAGGGCUUUUUACAAUUUCCAGUUUGUGAACUUUACUGACAUCAUGUCAACAAGCAAGGAUAUGGCGAAGAAGGAGGCUGCAUUUGCCUUUGCAGCUCUGAUGGAAAUACCCACUCAAUACAAAGCGGCCCAAGGCCUCUACCCCCCAGAGUGGCACGAAGAAAUGGCUGAUCCUUGGAUGAUCCUUCCGCCACCAAUUGAAGUCCUUGAACGUGACGAUGCUGUUGCAGCUACCUAUGCUCCAGCCGCAACCUUCCUGCCAACCGACGUUGGCAAUGACGCUUCAGUUGAACAGGUAUGCCCCAUCUGCUUAAGGAAUCCGAGGGACAUGGCUUUCCAGUGCGGUCAUCUGACAUGCAGGGAAUGCGGUCCGACACUAUCGACUUGCCCCGUGUGCCGUGUCCCGAUCACGCAUGAGGCUCUUCUCGUAAAGAGGGUGCGGCCUUCUGAAGCGGAGGAUCUGCCGUUCCAUCCAAUUUGGUAUGAGUAAUUCAGGAGCAAGAGGUUGGAAAGACAAUCCGUUCAAAAAAAGGUUGAAAAGACAGAUAUAUAUGAAUAGAACUGUACUUUAUAUGUCCAGAACCAACUGUAUUUCAGACUUCCAGUGACCUGUUGAUUGCACCGUUUAUUACUGUCAUCAUGUACAAAGUUGCAGUGGUAGUUAACUGUGUUUUUUCUGGUAAAACCUGAAUGGAAUACCAGUAACUGUGUUACAGUAUGAUCUGCAUGACUCUUAUCUUCA